UAUCGAUCAGUGUAGAGGGAUAUCUGGACAGAUCUAUAGAGCAGAACUAUAUACUUUCAAUCUUCGCUACUACAACCCAAGACAAAAACUUCAACAUACGACAGCGAUCCGAUACCUAUAUCAUUGAACAACAAUCGUAUUAAUUUAUUAAUCAAAUAUGUCUUCGCCACAUGAAAACUUAUUAGCAAAGCUACCUUCGUUAAAACACGAAACAGAAGAUGAAGAAUACCUGCAAACCAAACAACUUGAAAAAAAAGAGGAAGACGAAAAUACAAUUGAUAGAUAUUGUCAAAAUAAAGUAAAACAAGUUAAGUCUCGAAAACGCAAACAUGAGGUACAUAGGUACAAUGUCUUAAAAUUGGAACCAACUAAUGAACCACCUCGUCAAAGAAUUAAGAUGAUUAUUAAAUCUACAACAAGUGCUAAUGGAGUUAAAACAAUAUCUUCACAAUUAAUUAUUGAUUAACCAAUGAACCACUUAUCUCCAAAACCAAACCAAAUAUGAAAUAAGAAAAUUUGUAUAAUUGUAUAAAUUGUUUAAUGUAAAAGGUUUUUUUUUCAUCUUAUUCCUGUAAAAUUAUUAUUAAGUAUUAUUAUUAUGUAUUAAGUUAUUUUUCAUUAAA